AUCGAAGAAGCACAAUAUGCGCACCUUCGUUGUUCUUUACCUGAUUUUGUCGAGUGGUGGAAGCUUUGCUUUGGAAAAGCUUCCGUCCAGGAUUGACAUUGACCCUAGCAGAAGUUUAUACUGCCACAGUCAAUGGCAAUGUCCCUGCGACAUUCCGUCAAAAAUUCGUCUUUUCAAGCCCCAUACUCCAGAUACAAGUAAUGUAAAUAUGACUGGUAAUAUAGAAAGUGUAAUGAAGUCUGUGGAGACUUCUUUGGAAGCCUACUUAGCAGGCUCGAAGGGGCUAAUUGAUUUGAAAAGAUUGAACGCUUGUCUAGAAGGUGAUAAUGGCUGCUCUGCAAUCGCCCAUCCAAACUGCAAUUCUACUUAUUAUCUAAAAUAUAUUCCUAGAUACAGAGAUAUCGACGAACAAUUUAGGAAACUAAUUGAUUCUCCAAAAAACAAAGGACAUAUUCACAGUAUUCAUAAAGGUAUGAGCGCCAUAGCUGCCUGGCUUCAAGCCCAUCACGAUCACCAUAGCAAAUACGAGGAUUCUCCCUUCGCAAACAUGUCAGCAAAAUUAGAAAAAUUAAACGGAAGAAAUGGUGUUAAUUAUCUAGUUAUUUGUCACCUGAUAUUAUAUGUGUCCGAUAAGGAUAGAUAUUUGUUGGAUCCACCAAAUUAUGCUGAUUGCGGUAGAGAUCCAGAUUUGAGUGUAAAUCAGAGUCGUGGCUAUCUUUUGCUAAGUUUACUUAAACGUUACCUACAAAAAAUGAUGGAGAAUGUUAGCUUAUUUAAUUAUUAAUUAUUGAUUUUCAGUCUCUUAUUAAUCUAAUAUUUAAUUUAUUUUCGUUUUGAUCUUUACUCAAUCCAUAGUAAAUUGCUGUUGUUGUGUUUUAUUCUUUUCUUUAAAUUUCAAUGUCAAUUUGAUUAUUUUGUGUUUUAUUUUCUUUAUGUAUUUUCUUCUUUCGAAAAGAUAUCAAGGAAGAAAAUUAUCUAUACAACAAAAACAACUUAAUUGCAUACAAAUCCUCUGUCGUUAGAUUAACUAUAUAAAAAAGUAACUUUUCGUCUUUUUCACUCCUUCUUUCAACCUUUUCUUCUUUUCGUCUACCAGCUCUUUUUCUUAAUUGCUUUUUGCUCUCUUUCCAUCGUAGUUACUCUGUUUUGCUCCUCCCUCACUUUCUCUCUCUCUCUCUCUCUCUUUUUUUCCUCUCUACUUUCUCUCACACAAACCCUAAUUCUUUACUGGAAUAAAGAGAGACAUAUUGAGUUAUUUUGUUUUAUUUCCC